ACGCUACGUACACUCCGUUGACAGGACAGCGCGCCAAAUUUUGUAAACAAAGCAAGUGAAGCUUUCAACCAGAUAUCCACCAUUUUGAUAAAGAGGAAGGUUUCAAGGUCGCAGUUGUAAAUGAGAACUUGCCUCAACUGGCCUACCUGGUUAAAGAAAGAUCGGGAUGUGGCUACUCGACCAGUGUCAAGCACUGUUCAACACCUCCAGCCUCUAUGGGGUGCUGGGCGUUUCCAAGGAGGCGACAGACGCAGAGAUCCGACACAGCUACUACAAGGUGUCGCUCAGGGUUCACCCAGAUCGUGCUCCCGAAGACUUGCAGGCAACAGAGAAAUUUCAGGUGCUUGGGAAGUUAUAUGCCGUGUUGAGUGACAAGGAGCAGAGGGCAAUGUAUGAUGAGCAGGGACUUGUGGCUGAGGAAUCUGACUCACUGCAGCAGGACCAAUGCUGGGAGGAGUACUGGAGGUUGCUGUUCCCUAAGAUCACAUUGGAGGACAUCCAGGAGUUUGAGAGGAAGUACAAAGGCACGGAGGAGGAGAGGCAGGAUGUGAUGCAGAUUUACCUGCAGCACCAGGGGAACAUGGACGCCAUCAUGGCCUCAGCCCUGUGCUGCUCUCAGGAGGACGAGCCCAGGAUCACAGCCCUUAUACAGACAGCCAUCCAGGCAGGGGAGCUCACGGCCUACCCUGCUUUCACCCAGGAGAGCACCAGGAAGAAGAAAACACGCAAACAUAAGGCUGAUGAAGAAAGACAAGAAGCUGAGGAGAGGCAGAGAGAGAUGGGACUCAAUGAUGCUGAUGACAGUCUUGUAAUGAUGUUAAAGCAAAAGCAGAAGUCCAGAGAGCAGAAUUUGAACUCUUUCCUGUCUGACCUGGAAGCCAAAUACUCCAAGGGAGGAAAAGCCAAAGCAGGAGGGAAUGGAAAAAAGUGAAGACUUCAAACCCUUGAAGUUAAGACAAGGUAGAGGUUAAGGUCAAAUUGUUAUCAACUUGACAACUGCAUGCCCCCUAGUCACACAUCUAUCACGUAUUUCUAUACAAAUGAUCUUACAAUGAUCUAAGCUCCGCUAGCUCUCUGCUGAAAGUAGAAUAUGGCUUCUACUGCAGUGAGGUGAAUCGUCCCAGUACUUAAACAGCCCCUCUAUUCCCUCGAAAGUCUCCUGUGCCUUACACUAAGCCCUCAUCACAUUAAGGUUUGUUAGGAAAACAUCUAACACCUACCUUUUAGUUGGCGUCUCUCUGCUUGUCUUUUCUCUUCCCAUUAAGGUAUGCUAUGUGAAACCCCAAA